AUGUCAAGUGACUACGAUCGACAACUUUUGACUUAUUUGACCGGCGGGAUGGCGAGUUUGGCGUUGGCGCUUGGGAAAAAGCUUGGAUUGAUUGAGGCUCUUUGCGAGGUCUCUUCACCUUCACAUCAUGUGACUCCCGAUGAAGUGGCUGAGAAAGCGAAAUGCAAGCCACGUUACGUUCGUGAGUGGUUGGCUUGUUUGGCGUGCGCGAAUCUCUUCCAAGUCGAUGACGAGGAGAGAUUCUGGGUGACAGAGGAGCAGAAAAAGAGUCUGCUCAAUUGUCCAUGGAUUGCUAAUAUGGGUUUCAUUCCGCUUUUCGCUGACGUUCGCGACAAAUUAGAGGACGCUUUUCGGGCGGAAAAUCCGAGAUUGGGAUUGGAUUACUCGGAUUAUUCGAAGUUUUAUGAAUUGAUGGCGGGUAUUUCAGAGGCUCGUCACCGUGAGUUUCUCAUUCCGAAUGUUGUACCUGAUUUGGGACACGGGAUUGGGGAUCGUCUCGUAGCUGGUGGAAUGAAAUGUUUGGAUAUCGGUUGUGGAAAUGGGUUGCACGUUCAGAUUUUUGCGCACGCAUAUCCGAAAAGCGAAUUCAUUGGAUUGGAUCUCGUGGAAGAGGCGAUCAAAUCAGCAAACGAGCACAAAGAGGAAGAGGGGACGAAGAAUUCGAGCUAUGUGUGUUGUGAUGCGACGAAAUUGCCGGAUGAAUGGUCGAACACAUUCGACUUUGUAACGAUUUUCGAUGCUUGUCACGAUCAAACGAGACCAGAUUUGUCGAUUCGCGAGAUUCACCGCGUUCUCAAGCCAGGCGGCUACUUUGCAAUGGUCGAGAUCAAGGGAUCGAGCAGUGUGGCUGAGGAUAAACGCGAUGACGGUCUCCGUUGUGCAAUGUUCUAUGCGUGCUCGGUUUUCCACUGUUUGCCUGUUGGAAGCAAUAAGGAAGGAGCUCUUUGCUUGGGCACAAUGUGGGGGAAAGAGAAGCAAAUGGCUUUGUUGAAAAGUGCCGGUUUCGCCAAUCCAGUCGCUAUCAAUCCUCCAUAUUAUUCAGUGAAUACGAUCUACGUUUGCGAGAAA